AUGAAGCAUUCCUUGUUUGCCGUUGCCACACUCGUCCCCCAGUUUGGCUUUGCCCUAGUUGGGAACAAAUGGUCUUUCUCUGGCAGUCCCCGAGACGGUUUGAAAGACAUUACCUUUCCUUUUAACAUGCACGGUGCCGCACACGAAAGUGGAUUUUACGUCGCCCAGCAGUUCUCUUUCCUGAAUAUCAGUGGCGGCGGCUAUUGCGGCAUUCAGAACCGACCCAACCAGGGCGGGAAAAGCAUUGUACACGCUGUAUUUUCGAUGUUUCAUCAAGGUACUACUACCAACGAUGCCAACUGCCACAUCGGAGCCGAUGGUGGCGUUGGUGUGAGCUGCGCCGUCGAGGUUGUCGGCAACUACAACACCACCUACAACUUGGUCGUUAAGAAUGUCAAAGGCACCACUUGGACCGGGACUAUUGUCGACACGGACUCUGGAAACCAGACACGCGUCGGGACCUACACCUUACCGAGCGGCGCGGGCGGUAUCAAGUCCUCCCAGUCUGGUUUCGUGGAAUACUUCCCAUGGAACGGCGGCGGCGCCCCCAAUUGUGCAGAAUUGCCCAAGUUCAAGGCAGACAUGUAUCAACCCCAGUCCAAGACGUGCGGCGCUGGAACAGGUUCCAUGAAAAACAUACACCAAUACGGGAAAUGUAAGGGAAAGGUCAAUUUUUCUUCGAAGGGUGUCCCUAGUGGUUUUGAGAUUGAGGUUGGGUUUUAA